GACCUCCUGAUUAGUUAGUGAUGACACCCCAUAUGUGAACUCUAGCAUUUAGAGGCUGCCAUCAUGGUGAAGAGAUGAUAGGGAUUGAGAGAAAUAGCAUGCGCAUCUUUCGCAUCAAAUUGUCCUGACCCCACUGGUCGAGAGUGAGUGAUUCAUUUUCAUUUUCUAUAUGCUCUUGUACCCCGGUGAGGACCUAGAUUGCUCGGUCUCUAUUCUGAUGUCUUGAGUUAGAUGUAUGAGUUGACUGUUUUGAGUAAGUGGUUGAAUCAAGUCUAGGUUGGCCAGUGAACAGAAGGGAGACUCUUCCUUUACUCGAUUUGCUGCACUCGAACGUCCUUUGUGGUGGUUGUCCAGGUUGUUGUUGAGGUUGUGCAUGUAUUGAUGUUUGAAAACCAGUGCGAUUCACGUGUUCUGUGCCUUUAUGACUUGUCCCCAAUGUUGGUUGAUUGAAAUGUGUAGGCUUACCUAGUGUCUGACUUGGUUUGCUUGGGGACAAGCAAACGGUUAAGUGUGGGGGAGUUUGAUAGACCGUCAUUUACACAUGUUUUUACCCCCGUUCUUACACCGUUUGAGGUGUUGAUUCUCGUGUUUUAGGCCGAUUUCACGCUAGGUUGUGCUUGUUUGUGAUAUUUCAGGUCCUAGUACGUGAAUGAAGGCUUAGGAGCGAGUCUGGGGUCGAUUGGACGAAGAACGGACGAAUGGCGAGGUUUUUGGGGAGCUGCACGGGCAGACCAGGGAGGCUGCACGGCCGUGCACAGUUGCAAGCUGGCCGUGCGCCUCAUGCCGAGGAGAUGCACGGGCAGGCCCUGAAGAUUGCACGGCCGUGCACCUGGCCGUGCAAGAAGCCUGAGUUCGACUUAAGGGAUACGCUGCGUUUCAUGGUGCACGGCCAGAAUGGUGAGGUGCACGGCCGUGCACCCUGGCCGUGCAACUCGGGAAAACCCGGUUUUAAAGCCUAAUCCGAGCCAGAAGUGGGAAAAGAGUGUUUUCAGAGCAAAAACAGAGCCCUAGAGAGAGAAAGUACGAAGAACACAUCCUAGAAGCUGUCUUAGAGCUGGAUUUCAUCGAAUCGAGCCUGGAGAUCGUCAUAGGAGUGAAAAUCAUCGUCCCGGAGCAGAUUAUCCUCAUCGUUAUGAGUAUGACUAAUCCGAUUCUUGUUUUCUCUUCUCUCUCUAUGGAGUAGAACCCUUCUCUCACUUGGGGAUGAAGAACCCUAGUUCCAUGUGUUAGGGAUUGAUUGUAAUGACUUGGGAUGAUAUGACUGUUUGGUUUUAAUCGAUUGAGACAUGCUUUAUUGAGUCAAUUGAAUCUUGAUCAAAUUCUCUUGAUUUCUGCUUUAACCUAUGAUAGAUAGAAUCUGAUUAGGUUAAGAGAGCUUCCUUGAUUGAUAGUGGUGAAUUGGUUGUGCGAGAGUCAAUCAAUUUACUGCUUUGUACUGGAAUCUAAUUCCAGUAGUGAAUUUCUGUUCUUACUGCUUCAGCUUUCUAUCCCGGUGAAGACUAGUCGUCUGCCGGGUAGUUAGACUGAGAGGGCUUGGUCAGCUUAAGAGAUUCCAAGCUACUGCCGGAUCUUCCGCAGUCUAAUCAACAGUAAAUCAACCC